GAACAUUCACCAAUCAAAAUGUCUGAAUAUUCCUACAUAUGAACCCUCUUCAAAAUUUCAUAAAUAUUCUCCAAUUAUCAUCAUAUCCUUUUGACUUUUUUCACAUAUAGCCGCCAUCAUCACCUCCUUUUAAAUCUCAUCAAUCCCAUCUUCACACUCAAAAUUUUUACAACUUUUUUUAUAAAAAUAUGCCCAUGGAUCGUUCGAGUUCAUGGGGAAGCAGCCGAUCGGGGUCCGAAGGGAGCAGCAGCAGAAUCCGGGCUAGCAACGUCGCGGUUUUAUCGAUCGAAUGUUUAAAAGGUAGUUCAAAGGCGGAAGAGUGGACAUGUGACAUGUUACAAACGGGUGAUAUUGUUGAGGAGAUUAAGAUUGGGAAUAUAAGUAUUACGACGCCGUUUAAGAACGGGAAGAGCGGAGUGCAGAAGAUCUUGCACAACUCGUUUAAGUCUAAGGAGACUUCGAUACGAGUGCGAGUGAGGCGCGGAUCGGACGAGUUUGCUGAGUUGAUGGCGUGUAUUGUGCCUUUGAGUGGUGGGAAAAAACAGUAUAUGUUAAGAGCUAUUGAUGACCCGAAUUAUACCGUUGGGUUUGUGGAUCGGACGGAAGGUGAUUGUUUGGCUUUGCAAGCUUCAAGGAGUUCAAGAAUGGUGAGUGCAUUAGCUGCUACAAAACUGCAUGAUGGAUAUGUUGCAUACCCAUGGCACAAGAAAAUGCAAGAAGUGCUAACCAUACCCAACUCAAGCUGCUUUCUAUCCAUCCUCUUUCUUCCGAAAGCCUCGGAAACGAUUGCGUAUCGAUACAAUGACUUGGAAGACACUCUUUCGCGAGCAAACGCGUGGCAUACCGCCUCUCAGGCUUCUGGGGUCCCUAUCCUUUUUAUGAACAUCCAAACCGAGUCCCUACUUACCAAGAUUUCUGGAGAAACGGCGUCUUCUACUGUAAACGCGGGUUCUCUGUCGGACUUGAUGGAUCUCGCAAAUGUGAGUUUAUACGGUUUUGAAGAUUACCAUGGGGUUGACAUUGGUGUGGUUAGAGCCGUUCGUCUUUGGUACGCUCCUAUAGGAGGAGAGGUCCCGGUUGAGAUAAAAAUCAAAGAAGGAGAUGAAAAGCUCGGGUUUGCCAUAGGUCGAACCGAAGAGGGAUUUAUUCAAGUAACUUCCAUUAUUGACCAAGAUGAAGACUCGCCUUCGACACGCUCAGGUCUCAGCAGUUUAUACAUCGAAGCAAGAAAAGCAAGAAAAAAACUUAUAAUCUCGCGAAUAUCAAACCAAAAGGUCCUUCCAUGGAUGGUUUCACCAGAAGGAGCCAUAAGAUGCUACGACACCGUUUCACUGAGCCAAAAACUAUCCUUACAUCGACACGCCAAAGUGCCGAUAUCACUUCAUGUAUUCGCUUGGGACCAAGAAGUGGCCAUGUUAGGCAAUGCUAACCUCAGGACCCAAACCAACACACCAGUGGCUUUACACUUGCCUCAAGAGACUCAAACCGCACAAACCGCAACUGCAAAUGAUGGACCAGAGUUCAGACCCGUUAGAGAUACUGCCGGAGAAGGUUCGUUUCGGUUCCAUAACUUUUCAGCUCCAAAUAAUUGGGUUUGACUAAUUGAGUUUGACUUUAUUUUUAUUUAUUUUUUUGGUUCCAUUGUAUAUACAAAUGUUUGUAAAAUUUGAUCUUACUUACGGUUGUCGUCGGCGCUGAUUGGUGUAACGUAGUUCAUAUGAUUUUGAAUCUAAUGUGAAGGUUGAUUGUUUUUUCUA